GCUCCUCCUUGUCGAGUCUGAGUUGAUAAGGCUUGCCCUCUGAAUCUCUCUAACUUAUAACUCGAACCAGAGCUAGUCAAUGGCUUACAAUCUCUGCCAUUCAACUUCCUCUCUCUUCCUCGACCGUCAACCUGUCUUUUACUCCUCCUCCUCAACACCGAAGCCAAAACCCAGGUCCUUUACUUUCACAUUUCACUCUAAACCCUCCCUCCAAAAACCCCACGUUUCUUUGCAAGAAACAUCCAACCAUAACUCUACCAAGGAUAGUUCUUCCUCAAACUCUUACAUCUGGGUCAACCCCAGAAGCCCCAGGGCUUCGAAGUUGAAGAAAAAUUCUUAUGAUUCAAGGUAUACUUCUCUUGUUAAGGUAGCUGAAGCUUUGAAUGUGUGUAAUGCUAACGAGGAUAGUGUUUCUAGUAUUUUGAGUUGCUUAGGUGAUGAAAUUUUGGAGCAAGAUUGUGUGAUUAUUAUUAAUAACAUGUCGAACCCGGAUACCGCAUUGCUUGCUUUAAAGUAUUUUCAGAACAAGUUGAAGAAAGCCAGUAGAGAGGUGAUUUUGUAUAAUGUAACUUUGAAAGUGUUGAAAAAGAGUAGGGAUUUGGAUAAAGCGGAGAAGUUGUUCGAGGAAAUGCUUGAGAGAGGGAUUAAGCCUGAUAAUGUUACGCUUUUUACUUUAAUUGGUUGUGCUAUGAUGUGUGCUUUGCCUGGCAAGGCGGUUGAGUUGUUUGAGAAGAUGCCUAGUUAUGGGUGUGAGCCUGAUGAUGUUACUUUUUCAGCUAUGAUUGAUGCGUAUGGACAGGCUGGUAAUGUCGAUAUGGCUUUGAGUUUGUAUGAUAGGGCAAGGAAUGAGAAAUGGCGGAUUGAUCCCAUGACCUUUUCUACUUUGAUUAAAAUAUAUGGGACGUCUGGAAAUUUUGAUGGGUGCUUGAAUGUUUAUGAAGAAAUGAAGGCUUUAGGUGUUAAGCCAAAUAUGAUUGUAUAUAACAAUUUGUUGGAUGCUAUGGGAAGAGCCAAGAGGCCAUGGCAGGCAAAAAAUAUCUAUAAAGACAUGACUAGUAAUGGAUAUUUGCCAAAUUGGAAGACAUAUGCAUCACUAUUGCGGGCUUAUGGGAGAGCCCGGAGGGGUGAGGAUGCUCUUGCUGUUUAUAGGGAGAUGAAAGAGAAAGGACUGGAAUUGAAUGUGAUUCUUUAUAAUACUAUUUUGGCCAUGUGUGCAGAACUUGGUUAUACUGAUGAAGCUUUUAAGAUAUUUGAAGACAUGAAAAGUUCUGGAACUUGCAAUCCUGACAGUUGGACAUUUUCAUCUUUGAUUACCAUAUGUUCAUGCAGUGGGAAAGUCUCUGAGGCAGAGGUCAUGUUGAAUGAGAUGUUAGAAGCUGGCUAUGAGCCUAAUAUAUUUAUUCUAACAUCGCUUAUCCAAUGCUAUGGAAAAGCCCAGCGUAUUGAUGAUGUUGUGAAGACAUUCAAUCGAAUGCCAGACUUAAGCAUAACACCCGAUGAUCGCUUCUGUGGCUGUCUUCUGAAUGUGAUGACUCAAACUCCUAAGGAGGAGCUUCCCAAGCUUACUGAGUGCAUUGAAAAGGCCAAUCCAAAGCUGGGUAAUGUAGUAAAGCUUCUCUUGGAGGAGCAGGGUACUGAAGGAGAUUUUAGAAUGGAAGCUUCUGAGCUCUUGAUUUCGAUUAGCAAUGAAGUAAAGAAAGCAUACUGCAAUUGCUUAAUUGAUCUCUGUGUCAAUCUCAACCUGUUGGAGAAAGCAUGUGAACUACUGGACCUGGGGCUUAGACUGGAGAUUUACACAGAUAUACAGUCCAGGUCUCCAACUCAGUGGUCCUUGCAUCUGAAGAGUCUCUCUCUUGGGGCUGCACUGACUGCAUUACAUGUUUGGAUAAAUGACCUGUCAAAGGCACUAGAAUCAGGCGACGAGUUUCCGCCAUUACUUGGAAUUAAUACAGGGCAUGGAAAACACAAGUACUCGGACAAAGGCUUAGCAACUGUGUUUGAGUCACAUUUGCAGGAAUUAAAUGCUCCUUUCCAUGAGGCGCCAGAUAAAGUUGGGUGGUUUUUAACUACACAGCAUGCAGCCAAGUCAUGGCUGAAGUCUAGAAAUUCACCUGAAUUAGUCACUGCCUAGGUUCUCAGCUCAUGAGGGUUUGGCAAUCUAAAUCCAUCUUCUUUGCUUCAGUGCCUAAUAUUUAUCUAAGACAUGUUCAUCUUCUCAAGUUCAUCUAUGCUAUCUCUCCAUAUUAUUUCUCUUGGUAGAGGAAGAUUUUUUGUACUAUUACAAACAACUUUUGUCUAUAAAGUAUUAUAGCGUUAAUGAAAUCAGACGAAUUGUUGAUUA